CGGAAUUUUUUCUCAUGAGGGGUUACGGGAAGUACCACCCACUCAAAAUAUCUUGCCUUAUUUUACUUUCUCUCCUGAUCGUACGUUGACAACGUGGUUCUCUGAAUCAAUCAUCUAAUUUGAAUAUCAAAAAUAAUGGGAAACUCAAUUCCUUCCUAUCUUUCAUCGUUCACUCGUUCCUAUAUUCUCAACAUACUCUCGAAGAUCGAAUAUGGACGAUUGGAUAUGACGAUGAAAGAUCGUGGUGAGACAGAACCACAAGUCUUUGGUAACUCAUCUUUGAAAGACUCAUCUCAACCUGUCUGCUCGAUUACUGUUAAUAGUCCGAAUGUUUGGACUAGAAUGUCAAUUAAUGUCGACUUGGUGAGCUUCAGAGAUCAUUUGGCUUUGUCGAAAACACUGACUAAAUGAUGUAGGGGUUUUCCGAAGCUUAUAUGCUGGGAGAGUUGGAAUGCGAUGAUCUAGUGGCUCUCGUCUCCGUACGUUCUCCGUACUUUCAUCCCGAUAGUUCUUACCCUUUCAGAUACUGACGACGUCGAAUGAUAGAUAUACAUUCAAAAUUUCGCACUCUUCGGAACUGGUAACAUUUUCCUGCAAAUAAUUCCCCGUCUUCAAAAGAUUCUCUUCAAUCCCUCAAAUGACAGUAAACGCGCUCUCCAAAAUGCUUCAUCCCACUACGAUACCUCGAACGCACUCUUCUCUUCUUUUCUAUCAACAGACAUGAGUUACUCAUGCGCCAUAUGGGAUACUACAGGCAAAGAAGAAACUCUCGAAGAAGCACAGAGAAGAAAAGUGCAUAAUAUUAUUGACAAAGCAUGCAUUGAGCCAGAACAUCACAUCCUCGAUAUUGGAGGCGGAUGGGCAUUUCUGGCUAUUGAAGCUGUGAAAAAAACCGGUUGUAGAGUUACGAUCGUAACACUCUCAGUAGAGCAAAAGACUCUAUGUGAGAAAAGGAUUGAAGAGGCUGGGUUGAAAGAUCGAAUCGAGAUAUUGCUUUGCGACUAUAGGGAAAUCCCUAAGCCCAGUCCAGCAGGAUUUGAUAGAGUCAUCAGUGUCGAGAUGUUGGAGCAUGUUGGGAAGGAGUAUAUGGAAAUCUAUUUCAGGGAGAUUAGCAGGUUAUUGAACCCAGAGCAUGGAAUAAUGGUGAUUCAAGGGAUAACCAUCAACAACCAGGUGAGUUCUCCAAGCUGUUUUCCUGAGAUCGAAACAGUCUGACAAAUAUGCCAUAAUCUUCCAAUGCUCGAAGGAUUUUAUUUUACCACUAUACAAACCACUGACAAUUUCGUAGCGUUUUCACCAAACUCGAUCUAAGGUCGACACAUUUAUUGAUCGCUAUAUCUUUCCAGGAGGAUAUCUGCCAUGCGUAAGAGAGCUCAUUGAACGUCUCGAUACAGGGUCUGCAGGAUCUCUGGAGCUUGAAAGUGUACAGGGUAUAGGCCCUCAUUAUGCGCGGACAUUGCGUCUCUGGAGAGAGAAUUUUCUCGCCAAUUGGGAAACCACAAAGUCGCUCUAUGUAAAAGAAAGAGGAAAUAUGACGGCUCUGGAUCUCGAAGCUCUUCGAAGAAGAUGGAUUGUAAGUAGUUGCCAAAAUGUUCCGUUCGAUUGUCGUUAUUGAUCUCCCGUUAGUAUUACUUCAGUUACUCUGAGGCGGGGUUCCGAGCCGGUAUUCUAGGAGACUACAUAAUUACAGCAAGAAGACCACAAGUAUUGUCACUGGGUGGAAUGGUGCCACUUUGAUAAAUAUCAUGAGCCUGAAGGACGAGCCAGGAGGAUACACAGGCCGAGUGCGGAACACAGGGUUACAGACUAAAUGCGGGGCCAGGUCCUCGACAGUUAUUUGGAUCAUUUGGAUCAACUCCGCUUUCGAGGUCUGAAACUCAUCGUAAAUAGGGAAUAAUCUCAUUUUCCAUAAUAAUCAGUCAUGCAAACUGUUGCCUUGC